AUGUCAAUCACUCCUUCACGCGAUAUAUACGACUUGGCGCAAAGAAGACGCAGUCUUCUCGAUUGGCAAUUCCCUCAAUUGGCAUUGAUGCCAUUCGACGAGGUGGCAAAUUGGAUUGAACGCUCUCGACGAACACUUGGUGACGAUAUCAUGAGCAUGCAUAGGAACUUGUUUUCUCUUGAGCCUUUCGCUGCCAUGGAUGCGGCUUUGAACAAGAUGAUGAGUGAGAUGAGUGCCAUCGAGCCUCGUGAAUUCCACCCUGAAGCAGAGUUCACUGAGGUUGGUGCACUGGACUUCCUGAAAGAUGCCUACGAAGUAGGGAAAGACGGCAAG